AUGACUAAUGGCUAUAGUUCUAUCCUCGUAGUCACCAGUGCAUUAUCUAUGCUUCAACUUCGGAGAGUUAUCGAAGGUGUCCAUCCUUCAAUCAAAGGGGAAGUGUGGGAGUUCUUGCUAGGUUGCUAUGAUCCUAACAGUACACUUGAAGAACGGAAUGAGCUCAAGCAACGCAGGAGGGGGCAGUAUGAUAUGUGGAAAGCUGAAUGUCAAAAGAUGGUCCCAGUCAUUGGUACAGGGAAAUUUAUUACUACACCUCUCAUUGAUGAUGAAGGUAAUCCAACAGAUCCUUCUUUGAUAGGUGUCCAUCUUUCAGACAAGAAAGUUGUGCAGUGGAUGCAGUUAUUACAUCAGAUUGGCCUGGAUGUUGUCCGAACAGAUCGAGCACUUGUCUUUUAUGAGAGUGAAGAUAAUCAAGCAAAACUUUGGGAUGUGCUAUCAAUUUAUGCUUGGUUGGACAAUGAUAUUGGUUAUGUACAAGGAAUGAAUGAUAUUUGCUCACCUAUAAUUAUUCUUAUUGAGAAUGAAGCAGAUUGCUACUGGUGCUUUGACCGUGCCAUGCGAAGGAUGAGAGAGAACUUCAGGUGCAGUGCAAGUUCAAUGGGGGUCCAAUCCCAGUUAUCUACACUCUCACAGAUAAUAAAAACAGUUGAUCCAAAGCUUCAUCAUCACCUUGAGGAUUUAGACGGAGGAGAGUAUCUUUUUGCAUUUCGCAUGCUUAUGGUUCUUUUCCGAAGAGAAUUUUCUUUUGCAGAUACUUUAUAUCUUUGGGAGUUGAUGUGGGGCAUGGAAUACAACCCAAACAUCUUCGCAAUGUAUGAGGAUCCAGAUAAUAAGACAAAAGGUCCCUCACCUCCAGCAAAUGACAAAAUUUUGAAGCAAUAUGGAAAAUUUGAGAGAAAAAAUGUGAAGACUGGCCAUGUAGAGGAAAAUAGUGCACUGGCCGUUUUUCUUGUUGCAAGUGUUCUUGAGAUCAAGAAUAGGCGGAUUUUAAAUGAGGCUAAGGGUGUCGAUGAUGUUGUCAAGAUCUUGGGUGACAUCACCUCAAAUCUUGAUGCUAAAAAAGCAUGCACUGAAGCACUGAAAAUUCAGAAAAAAUACCUGAGCAAGGCCAAGAAGCCAUGA